AGCAGCACAACAUUAGACCAACAGACGUCCUAAUAAUGUGCAGUCUGCUGACACUGGGUGACUGGAAACAGCAGAGAUGAAGGAGCUAUGGAUUAUGGCUGUCUUUGCUACAGUUUCUUUGCCACAGGUGGAUCUCACCACAUCCUCUGCCAUUACAACCACCAUUGACAUAACUAUCCCAACUACUGCUGCCCCUUUAACCCCUGACCCUCCAACGACUACUUCCUCUAUAGCCCCUGACCCUCCAACUACUACUUCCUCUAUAGCCCCUGACCCCCCAACUACUACUACCCAUUUAACCCCUGACCCUCCAACUACUACUUCCUCUAUAGCCCCUGACCCCCCAACUACUACUACCCAUUUAACCCCUGACCCUCCAACUACUACUUCCUCUAUAGCCCCUGACCCCCCAACUACUACUACCCAUUUAACCCCUGGUUCUCCAACUACUGAUGCCCCUAUAACUACUAACACUCCAACUACUGACACUCCAACUACUGAUGCCCCUAUAACUACUGACACUCCAACUACUGACACUCCAAUUACUGAUGGCCCUAUAACUACUGACACUCCAACUACUGACACUCCAAUUACUGAUGGCCAUAUAACUACUGACACUCCAACUACUGACUCUCCAACUACUGACUCUCUAACUACUGACACGUUAACUACUGACACGUUAACUACUGACACGUCAACUACUGACACUCCAACUACUGACACGUCAACUACUGACACUCCAACUACUGACGCGUCAACUACUGACUCUCCAACUACUGACACGUCAACUACUGACACGUCAACUACUGACGAAGCAACUGUCACUACAACUACUGACACUCCAACUACUGAUGCAUCAUUAACCCCUGAACAUACAAGUGCUGAUGCACCACCUGAACAUACAACUACUGAUGCACCACCUGAACAUACAACUACUGAUGCACCACCUGAACAUACAACUACUGAUGCACCACCUGAACAUACAACUACUGAUGCACCCCUUGAACAUACAACUACUGAUGCACCCCUUGAACAUACAACUACUGAUGCACCCCUUGAACAAACAACUACUGAUGCACCCCUUGAACAAACAACUACUGAUGCACCCCUUGAACAAACAACUACUGAUGCACCCCUUGAACAAACAACUACUGAUGCACCCCUUGAACAAACAACUACUGAUGCACCCCUUGAACAAACAACUACUGAUGCACCCCUUGAACAAACAACUACUGAUUCUCUCAUAACCCCUGACCCUACAACUACUGAUUCCCUCAUAACCCCUGAGCCUACAAUUACUGACACUCCAACUACUGACACUCCAAGUACCGAAUACCUAACUACUACUGGUCUUCCAACUACUGGUUACCCUACCUCUAUCCCUAUCACCAGUACCAGUCUCCCCACCACCUCUACCAUCACCUCUACCACCACCUCUCCUACCACCACCACCACCAUCUCCACCACCACCUCUACCACCACAAACCCUCCUCUGGUCUGUAUCAAUGGUGGUGAGCUGCAGAGUGGAGUCUGUAUCUGUCCUGAUGAGUGGACCGGAGAGACCUGUUCAGAGGGGAAUUUCUGCAAUUCCACCAUCAUUGGUCAAUUCUCCUACCCAAGAACAACGGUUGGCUGGUCUGCUUAUUCAAAAGAGUUGUGUGAUGAGAAGACAACCAGUGCCGGUUUACCAAGAGCCUCAGCAAGAUGUUUAAAUGACACUGGAUCUCCAAUGUUUGGUUCUCCUCAUGAGCUGCAGUGUGAAUUUACCCUCAGUGACAUUCAAGGAAAUGUAAGUCAAUAAGCAUAUUUUUUAUGAUCCUGAUAUUUGACAAGUCUCAAUGUUGCGUUACUUAGGUCAUCAUUAUGAGGAGUAGAUCUUACAGUCUGGAGAUCAGUAACAACUGGCUCUUACCUUCAGCUCAUCUAUUCUGUUCCUUUAUUCUGCUUAACAGUUGAUGAGGAACAUUAUUUUUUAUUUGUUGUGUUUCACAUUACGGUGUUUGGGACAUUUUAGUAAUUUAGCAGACUCUCUUAUCAAGAGCGACUUAGAGUAGCAACUGCAUACAUUUUCAUACUGGUCCUGUAAGGUACUGGGUGUCGUGAGUGUGAAGUCAGGCGCAGGAAAACAGAGAUUUCAAUUAUAGUGCUCUUUUAAUGCGCACACGGUGAACCACGUCCACCCCACUAAACACUGGGUGCUCAAAACAAACUGCCCCAGACACGGGGAACGAAAACAGUCCAGCACUAUACACAAACAUAAACCAACACGUUUGUCUGUAUCAAACACCAGGCUUACAAUAAUCAAUCCCGCACAAAGAAACGGGCGGGCCGGCUGACUAAUAAUGCCCAACUAAUUACAACAAACUCAAAACGGGUGUAAUCAAUAAACACAUAAGGAGGGGGAGAAAAUAAUCAGUGGCAGCUAGUAGGCCGGCGACGACGACCGCCGAGCGCCACCCGAACGGGAAGGGGAGCCGGCUUCGGUCGGAGUCGUGACAGGUCCCCCGUGGGAAUGAAACCCACAACCCUGGCGUUGCAAGCGCCUUGCUCUACCAACUGAUCCACAGAGAUAGUACUGACUAUUUUAAUAUUGAAAUGUACUCACAGUUGGUAGAGCAACUUCACUUCCACUUGCACAAUGUUCUGUUGAAAAACAAUACUAAAAUAUAAAUCCUUGUCUGUCUCUAUUCAGAUCUCCAGUAGUUCAGGUGAUUUACUAGAGUUAGCCUUCAGUACUCAGAUCCUGACCUCCC